AUGAAGUUUGCUUCGUGCCAUAAGGACGUGGGGCCUCUUUCAGCGGUGUCCUCGGCUCGCCCUGCGGCAGCAGAGGCCGCGGAACAGUACCAGGGCUACCUUUGUGCAGAGACACACGCCCUCCCACCACCAGCUGGGAAGGUCGCUUGUGCUCCUGGGCAGCUGGUGGCUGCACACUCUGGUUUGGCGGCGGUGGAGCAGGGCCCUGCUAAGGACAGGCUGUUCAGGGAGCAUCGGCACGAGAAGCCCCAAGGGUUUCGAUACGUACGCUGCGAGUGCCUGGUUAAGGAACGCUGCUCUCACGCAUUUCACGUGCCAUCGAGUCGAACAGGGCGUCGUACCCGGUGUUACGCGGCUUUUGCACUAUUGCGCAGGCUGCCGUGCCUGCUUCCUUGCGCGUUUCUGGAUCUGGCUGUUGCCUCAGAGAAGCCCAACUGGGAUUACCAGGCAGAGGUACGAGCCUUCAGCCACCGGCUACGUGAAAACUUUUCACUGGAUCUUCUCAAGACCGCGUUUGUUAAUUCUUGUUAUAUUGAAAGCGAAGAGGCAAGACGCCGAGAACUUGGGCUGGACAAAGAAACGGUUGCUCUUAAUCUACAGGAUAAUAGUAAACUCGCUGAACGAGGGAUGUCGUUUUCACGUUCUUACCUGACGCAGUGCUUUGAAGGUGCCUACCCAGGUUUACCUGCAAAGGGCGUAGGAGCGCUUGUUGAUUUUCUGACCGGCCAGGAACUUGUUUCUCACGUGGCUCAAAACCUGGCUAUACAGGACCUGACGCUUUGCAGAGAGUUUCCCGUCCCACCACACGUGCUGCAGAGGACGUUCUUUGCUGUAAUAGGAGCCUUGCUCGGUAGCAGCGGGCCUGAGAAAACGGGGCUCUUUGUCAGGGACUUUUUUAUUCCCCAACUGAUUGGAAAAGACCUGUUUGAGAUCUGGGAAGUUGUAAAUCCUAUGGGCUUACUAGUGGAAGAACUGACCAAGAGGAAUAUCCCUUCUCCAGAACCACGAAUUACCAGGCAGCUGGGAGUCAGCACAGUUCUGCCACUGUACUUUGUUGGCUUGUACUGCGAUAAGAAGAUUAUAGCUGAAGGUCCUGGUGAAACGCUGCUUGCUGCAGAGGAAGAAGCUGCCCGCGUGGCACUGCGGAAGCUGUAUGGGUAUACAGAGAACAGGAGACCUUGGGAUUACUCGAAACCCAAAGAAGGAUCCGCGGCCGAAAAGGCUAUCGGCAGUAACUAGAUGAUAAAAGGCAUUUCGGGUUUCUCUUAAGAAUUAAUGGCUCCCAUGCUGAAUAUAGAUGUAUUUAGGAAACCAAAAUUCAGUUUGGUUUUCUGAUCUUCAGUGCUCGAAACUUUCAAAUCAAAUACGGUAUUAAAAUAAAUAAAGUCUCUCUUCCUUUUGCAC